AUGGGAUUUCAGCUCCCUCUCUCCUUACAGAUGCCGGAAGCUGUGCAAACUCAAGACCAACCAAUGGAGGAGGAGGUGGAGACCUUUGCUUUCCAGGCUGAGAUUGCUCAGUUGAUGUCUCUGAUCAUCAACACUUUCUACUCCAAUAAGGAAAUCUUUCUGAGGGAGCUGAUUUCCAAUUCAUCAGAUGCUCUGGACAAGAUAAGAUAUGAGAGCUUGACUGACCCAAGCAAGCUGGAUUCUGGAAAAGACCUGAAAAUUAACCUGCUUCCAAACAAGCAUGAUCGCACUCUGACCAUUGUGGAUACAGGCAUUGGGAUGACCAAAGCUGAUCUGGUCAACAACCUUGGUACUAUUGCCAAGUCAGGUACCAAGGCUUUCAUGGAAGCACUGCAGGCAGGGGCUGAUAUAUCCAUGAUUGGUCAGUUUGGUGUUGGCUUCUACUCUGCCUACCUGGUUGCGGAAAAAGUGACAGUGAUCACCAAGCACAAUGAUGAUGAGCAGUAUGCUUGGGAGUCAUCAGCUGGAGGAUCUUUCACUGUCAGGCUCGAUAAUGGUGAACCUUUGGGCCGUGGAACAAAAAUCAAGGAAAUUGUGAAGAAGCAUUCUCAGUUCAUCGGCUAUCCUAUUACACUCUUUGUGGAGAAGGAACGUGAUAAGGAAGUGAGUGAUGAUGAGGCUGAGGAAAAGGAAGAGGAAAAAGAAGAGAAGGAGGAAAAAGCCGAAGAUAAGCCAGAGAUUGAGGAUGUUGGUUCUGAUGAAGAAGAAGAAAAGAAAGAUGGAGAUAAGAAGAAGAAAAAGAAGAUUAAGGAGAAGUACAUUGAUCAGGAAGAGCUCAACAAGACCAAGCCCAUUUGGACCAGGAACCCAGAUGACAUUACCAACGAAGAAUAUGGGGAAUUCUACAAGAGUCUGACUAAUGACUGGGAAGACCACUUGGCUGUGAAACACUUCUCUGUGGAAGGGCAGUUGGAAUUCAGAGCUCUCCUGUUUGUCCCACGGCGUGCACCCUUUGAUCUGUUUGAAAACAGGAAGAAGAAGAACAACAUUAAGCUGUAUGUACGCAGAGUUUUCAUCAUGGACAACUGUGAGGAACUGAUCCCUGAAUAUCUGAAUUUCAUGAGAGGUGUGGUAGACUCCGAGGAUUUACCUCUGAAUAUUUCUCGUGAAAUGCUGCAGCAAAGCAAGAUCCUGAAAGUGAUCCGGAAGAACUUAGUGAAGAAGUGCUUGGAACUUUUCACUGAGUUGGCUGAAGACAAAGAGAACUACAAGAAGUUCUAUGAGCAGUUCUCAAAGAACAUCAAGCUUGGUAUACAUGAAGACUCCCAGAACCGCAAGAAGCUUUCAGAAUUACUGAGGUAUUACACGUCUGCAUCUGGUGAUGAAAUGGUUUCUCUGAAGGACUACUGCACUCGGAUGAAGGAAAACCAGAAACAUGUCUACUACAUUACUGGUGAAACAAAAGAUCAGGUGGCCAACUCCGCGUUCGUGGAGCGUCUUCGCAAACAUGGCCUGGAAGUGAUCUACAUGAUUGAGCCUAUUGAUGAAUACUGUGUGCAGCAGCUGAAGGAAUUUGAAGGCAAGACCCUGGUCUCUGUAACAAAAGAGGGGCUGGAGCUUCCAGAAGAUGAGGAAGAGAAAAAGAAGCAGGAGGAGAAGAAAGCCAAGUUUGAAAACCUUUGCAAGAUAAUGAAAGAUAUCCUUGAAAAGAAAGUAGAAAAGGUUGUUGUGUCCAAUCGUUUAGUUACUUCUCCAUGCUGUAUUGUAACAAGUACAUAUGGCUGGACUGCCAAUAUGGAGAGGAUCAUGAAAGCGCAGGCAUUGAGAGACAACUCCACAAUGGGAUACAUGGCAGCAAAGAAACAUCUGGAGAUUAAUCCUGAUCAUUCCAUCAUUGAAACACUGAGGCAGAAGGCAGAGGCUGAUAAGAAUGACAAGUCUGUGAAGGAUCUUGUCAUCUUGCUGUACGAGACAGCACUUCUGUCCUCUGGCUUCAGUUUAGAAGAUCCUCAGACACAUGCCAACCGCAUUUAUAGAAUGAUCAAACUUGGUCUGGGCAUCGAUGAAGAUGACACUGCUGCAGAAGAAGCUAGUCCAGCAGUUACUGAGGAGAUGCCACCUCUUGAAGGAGAUGAUGACACAUCACGCAUGGAGGAGGUGGAUUAAAACAGUUUACAGGAACUCAUGAAUGUUUCCUUGGCUAAUAUGAAUAAGUUAUAUUUUGUAUAUUAUGAAUGUUACCUGCCAAAAAAAAAAAUCUUUGACACUUUGUCUGCAUUCCCUCUUUAUAUUUAUUUUCAAAGAUGUUAUACCUUUAUUUUUGUUACAUUGCUUUUUCAGCUGACGUGAGAUACAAAUGCCAUUGAGGGAAUAUUUUCUUUAACACUGUACAACCCUAAACAGGCAAGUAAGGAGUAGUUAUUUUUGUCUGUAUUAGCUGGUUGCAGGUGGCAGGGUUUUUGACUUAUUCUUAAUUGCCAGAAAUGUGAGAAAGGACUAACAAAGAUGGUAUGACAUCAGGAUGUUCAAGUUUGUUUAGCGUUAUACAGCUCUUCAACUCUUAAAUGUCUAACGUACAGUACCUAGUAACUAGGUAUCUAUGAGAGCUGAAAUACUUGGGGAAGCUUUAACCCUUUUGCUCCUAACAAGGUCUUGAUGUUUAAAGUUGUUUUUUAUACUGUUUAAGGAUUCUGGAUUGCACUCUACCAUAGAAUAGAAUCCACUGUAAAUCUCUAUUGUGACUUAUGCAACUCUGCAUGUACAGUUCAAACCUAGAACUGUAAGAAUAAAAGUGUUAAGAAUGA